GUAUGGGCAGAACCCCUACACUAAUUGGCUAACCUUCCAACAAAAGUUUCUCGAGCGUUUCGAUCACAUCGCACCCAGGUAGUGCCUUCGUCUGAUAAAAGAAUAUACGCAGCAGCCUCGGGAAACCUUGGCCAGAUAUGCAGAGGGGUUUAAUUACUUAGCCGAACGCUCCGGGGUCGAUGAAAAAAUGAUGCGGACUGAUUUCGUUAGGGGACUGUCCGAUUCUCGCUUGCGGAAGAAGAUCCGCAAGAAAUGCAACCCGAUAGAACACACCCUGACCGAGCUCAUUCAGUAUGCCAUUAAGUACGGGAAGGAAAAUUACGAUGUAGGUCUGGAUUCAGAGUCCGACGAAGACGACCCUUCGGGUGUCCGACGCCAUAGCUACUCCGCUACGGCGCGAAUGUUCGAGGAUCGCUUCGGGUUAGGACCGGCGAAGAAAAAUUCGGAUCGGAAAACUUCGUCUUCCGCGUCGACCUCCCGACGCUCUGGUCAAGCUCCAGGGGGUCGGAACGAGGACGAAAUAUCAAUGAAAGAGGUCGCGGCUCAGCUGGUCACGGUAGUGGCCCCGCUGACGGAAUUCAUUCAAAACUUGCAGCGGCAACGGGUGGCAGCUGUGCAACGACAGCAAACCGCCAUGGCCGCCGGUACCCCUAUGGCCCGACCAGCCGCAGCAGGAGUCGCCCAGCCUCUACGGUGCUACAACUGCAAUCAGUCGGGCCACCUUGCGAAAGAUUGUCCGAAACCUCGAACUCAAAGUGGGCCCGGGGGGCCCACCGGACCUUCCCAAAUCCCGUUGGCUGCUUCGACCGCUGCAGGACAAGGGAGGGUAGCCACGGUGAUGGAUACUGGGACAACGGAAAUGGUGGCCCGUGCGGCCACCGAGAUAGGACCCGAUAAGUACAUGGCUGCGGCGAUGUUCGAACCCGGGACCAUUGGAGUGAUACAUCACGUCCAAAGGAUUACCGAGGAAAGCGACCUCGGGCCUUGGCGUCCGGGGUUCGAAGAUCUCAUGGCCCCUGGCCCUGAGUACAAAGAUGGUCACAUCGACGUGUUGGAUGCAUUGAAGGCGCUGGAUCUACGGGUCCCCGUCCCUAUUCCCUAUCUGCUAACCAUUUCCGAAGCGGCUAACGAAAAGUUGAUCGAACGAUGCCUCAAAAACAGGCGCCGAUUCGAGGAAAGUCGAAAGGGCGAAAAGCCGGUCCUACGAGACCUACCCACAAACGAAGAGUCACAGCCCUCGACCUCAAAGGUGCACGAAGCCAACCGGGUAGGAAUGAUCCAGACCGUAGAUCCUGCCUCGGAAAAGCCUGAGGCGUAUGAUGUUCUGCUAGGCAUUCCGUGGCAGGCGGCGGUCGGAGCGCGAAUGCACUUUGACAGCUUCAAGGUGGUGCUCACAUCGGCCCACCCCAAACCACAAACGAUACCGAUGAGAUUGGCGGUGCGUAUGCGCACCCAGCCGACGCCUCGAAUCACCACGAAAGCCCAUCAAAUCAACAUGAUUCGACGUCUGUCACCAGGCGAAAAUGAAACUUCGUCGGAAACUGACGAGACUGAUGUACCCGACCGAUAUCCGAUCCGGGUUCAGGAUUGGUGGCGCCAUUCCUGGCGACGAGAACCCCUGGAAAUAGUUCGGAGCGAGUCCGAUUGGUUGCACGCAUUCUCCUCCGUGGUGCAGGGAGAACCCCUGCUGAGAGUGUCGCGAAUAACUGACCUUUCGGAAGCCCUUGCGUCCUUAUAUCUUAGAACGGACCCCCUACUCGAAAGGUUUACGGAGCUCAGGGGGUUGUGCGAUUCAACUUUUCGGCCUCCCAGGCCCCUGCUUACAAACGCAAAAGCCGCCCUGCUCUUGAAGGAAGGGGUGUCAUUUCAACCCCGGACGAGGGAAUAUCGAUGGAGGCCAAAGGAACUGAUACAGGCCUUUUCAGUGGAACCCUCGGCUGAAACCGAGCUCGAGGACGACAGUAAUAUGGAAAAUGAACCGAUAAGCCCAGCAGACAGUCAACUUAUCGCGACCGUGCUUUCGGCAAAAACCGACAAUUCUCUGUUUGGUGCCUCACCCGAAGCCAACGCGGCAGUCCCCAUGGUUACGUCGACGAUCUCCCUCCCUGAGGGAAACGUGGACGUCCGGCUGCCGGCCCAUGUGCCUGACGACUACAAACACCUUCUUUUGGCAGUUAUACGGGCCUACCCAGAGGCCGUCAGUAUCCAGGACCACGAUAUAGGACUUACCCACCUGAUCCAACACGCGAUUGAUACCGGUGACAGUGCGCCGAUACAUUGCCGACCGUACCGUUAUUCCCUAAAGGAGAGACAGCUGGCCCUGGAAAGGCUUUGCCUGCCUCGCCAAGCGCUGACGAACCUGCUGAAGAAGGAGCAACUGAUCUGGACGCCGGAAUGCGAGGCGGUGUUUCGGGCACUCAAGGAGGCUCUGACAUCGGCCCCCGUGUUGGCGUGUCCCGAUCCGACAAGACAGUUUGCGCGGCAUACCGACUGGCAGCCGCAGGCGAUAUUGGCGGUGCUGACUCAACAAGGAACGGAUGGAAGGGAGCACGUCAUCGAGUAUGCGUCGAAAACGCUAAGUCAGGCGCAGUCAAACUACGAGGCGUGCGAGGGUGAGUGCUUGGCGGUGGUGUGGGGGGUUCAGCACUUUCGACUGUAUCUGUACGGCCAGAAGUUCGUGCUCGUGACGGAUCAUCAGCCAUUGCUAUCGUUGCGGAACAACACGGACUACAUGGGUACCUUGGGAAGGUGGGCGGUGAGAUUGCAGGACUACGACUUCGACAUCCGCCACUGCGCCACCAGGCAGCACGGGAACGCCGAUGGUCUGACGCGCCUCCAGCCGCCGAACAAGAGUCCCGCGAACGAAAAGCUCAUCCCGUGGAAGCUUAUUUCGCCUUCGACGGAACCCGACUACGGGGAGGUGAAUGUCCUCCGCAAGGAUCGCUUGUUGCGACAUCAGUUCAAUGAGGAGAGGCAGUUGCGAUACGACAUUCAGCAGGUGAACGUGCCAGCGCCCGGGGUUGCUGAUCUGGCGGCAUACUCGUUACUUUGUGAUCGGCUGACGUAUGCGGGGGUGUACGUGGACGUGACGCAGUUGCCUGGGCGGGAGGCGACUCGAGUGUUCAUCGAGUUCCACGCGCGAGAGGUGACACCUAACUUCGUGCAUAGCGUCGCCACCUUUAUUGAAGACUUGACGAUCCUGCCGCAGCCGAGUCGGGAGUUGGCGCGAAGCUUUGUGCGCGAAUACGCAGUGCAGGCGGCCAGAUCAGUGGCCAGAGUGCUAGGACAGGGAGGACAUCGAUUCACAGCCCACGAAGCGCUGGCGGAUACCCUUGCAAGGGUAAUCGCACCGACAACGCGGCCCAAGCCAGCGCAGAAGGAGGGGACGGUGGCGUUGUACCCAUUUGCCCAGCUCCAGACGACCGAUCCGGGAUUGUUGGAACUCAUACAUCUUGAGCUCCUAUCCAUUGCGCAAGUGAUCGCGAGCGAGGAAGAGGAGGUCCAGCCACGAUUGCGGACGGCGGCUGCCCCGCGGAAAACGUACAACGCGGUCGUCAUCCCGGAUUACAUUGCGCAGCGCGAGGAAAGGUUGGAGGACUUCCCGGAGGAAAAAACAUUGCGACCUCCCUCGUCGUAUCCCAAACCGACGCCGCCCAAGGCCCCCAAGAAGACGCCGAAAAGGAAGAGACGCCACCCGUCGCCAGGGGCGCAAGGCAGCCGAAUCGGUGGCGGCGAGGAGGCGGUUCAGCUUGGGCGCACGCGGAAUCUCGACCCGGUGCCUGGGAGUGCGGCGACACUGGUUAAGGAGACUGGCGUGCCAUCGCCGCCCUUCCCGCGCGUGCCCGAUCUCAAUCUCGAUGGAGCCGGGCCAUCGGCCGCAGCACCCGGAGGAGGAAGCCGAAUGGGAUUACCGGAUCCCGUAUCCAGAUCCCCCGUCCUCGCGGGACCUUUUCGCUUCCGGCAGCCACCUCGGAGUGCCCCGGUCAUUGACAUUAGUAGUUCCUCCGAGCUGGAAGGUCCAUCUGACCGAGAUGCCGUAGCUGCUGCCAAGGCUCAGCAGGAGGCAGCAGAGGCAGAACGUCAGCGGCUGGCCACUGAGGCGGCAGCCCAAGCUCAGCAGAAUGCUGAGGCUGACGCAGCGGCACGAGACCAACGGAAUGCCGCCAGUACGGAGUCCCUGAUUCAUAGUGAAAGUCUUGGCCCGCGCGUUCGAAGGAAAACGCAACCUACGCAAGUUACACUCGCGGACGGCUGCACGCAAAAGUCAAUUGACCGAUGCGUUGACGGCGUUCCGGUCUACUUUGCGCCACUUGCUUGCGAGCCGGUGUCUUUUGACAUCCUCGACACCAAGUUCGACAUGAUUCUAGGCAUGUCUUGGUUGCGUAGCGCCGAUCAUCCGGUAAACUUCCAUGACCGAACCGUUCACAUCCGUGAUCAGAACGGAGUGUUAGUCCCAUGUACGGUCGCGACCCCUCACACUUCGAUUGCUUGUCACGUGGUUUCGGUUGCGAGAAUUCGCGACGUCAUUGCUCGGAAUGACGUCGAGGAGAUGGGCCUUGUAUUCUUGCAUGCUCUCCCCUCGCCGGACGGACCAGCCGCGUCACCGCCGGACCCACGCAUUUCUCACCUCUUGGACGAGUAUAGAGACGUCUUCAAGGCUCCCACCGGAACGGUUCCAGAUCGGCCCAUACGUCACGCGAUCACUCUCAAGGCUGGCGCCGUCCCUCCGCGUGGAUGUAUCUACCGCAUGAGCGAAGAGGAACUCGAGGUGCUUCGCGCACAACUCGAUGAUCUUCUCGACAAGGGCUGGAUUCGCCCUAGUUGCUCGCCAUACGGUGCACCUGUUCUCUUCGUCCGGAAGAAGAACAAAGAUUUACGGUUAUGCAUCGACUAUCGGAAACUUAACGCACAAACCGUAAGGAACGCCGACCCUCGUCCUCGGAUUGAUAAUCUCCUUGAGUGGUUAGGCGGCGCGACGUACUUCUCGAAGUUGGACUUGAAGUCAUGUUACCACCAGAUUGAAAUCCAGCCUCAAGACCGGUACAAGACCGCGUUCAAAACGCGGUACGGGCAUUUUGAGUGGUUUGUCAUGCCCUUUGGCCUCACCAAUGCCCCCGCAACUUUUCAAGCAGCGAUGACGACUGAGUUUCGCGACUUGCUCGAUCGCAGCGUCCUCAUCUACCUUGAUGACAUCUUGGUAUAUAGUAGGACGUUGGACGAGCACAUCGUACACCUGCGCGUUGUUCUAAAUCGUUUGCGACGAGCCAAGUACAAAGCGAAUCUCGACAAGUGCGAAUUCGCCAAGCAAGAGCUUGAGUACUUGGGUCAUUUUGUCACGCCGAAAGGCAUUCGUCCCUUAGCGGACAAGAUCCAAGCCAUCGUGGAUUGGUCGGAACCCCGUUGCACGACGGAUGUACGCUCUUUCAUGGGUUUGGCUGGAUAUUAUCAGCGAUUCGUCGAGUAUGAAAGAGUCCUGAAUGGAGUUGUUAUCUCCAUGGAUGUCCACAGUCUCAAUGAGCUGGUCAGCAAGUUCAGAAACAAUAUCGAGUAUGUUGAGGUGGACGGGACAGCGAGGAUUGCUGCUGUCCAGCUGAAUCCCCCUUGGCAGCUGGAUCGAAUUGACAGUCUCCCAGGAGGUGAAAGACUUGAUGGAAAGUACACCUAUAAUCCAUUUGGAGGAGCCAAUGUAAACAUUUAUGUUCUUGAUACGGGGAUCAGAGAAACACAUGAAGAUUUCUACUACAUUGACCGGAGAAGAAUGCCCAAUGGGAGGUUUGCCUCACGUGUUCGCCCCGGGUUCAACGCCAUUGGGGACUUUCAAGGAACAGCUGACUGCCAAGGGCAUGGCACUCAUGUUGCAGGGACUGCGGCGGGUCUGAAAAGCGGAGUGGCUAAAUCCGCAUUACUCUACCCAGUCCGAGCACUUGGUUGCAAUGGAGAUGGAGCAUAUCAGUGGGUGCUUGCUGGGCUUGAUUGGAUAGCGAGAAACAUGGUGAAGCCUGCAAUUGUAACUAUGUCAAUUACAACCCCGGCAUCUCCAAGCUUGGAUAGCGCAAUAAACACUAUAGUUGACGAGGAAGGACUUAUAGUGGGGGAAGCUAUCGAGAGUUCAUCUUUCCAAGCCGAUGAUGGUUAUGUAACGUUAUCAGGAACGUCGAUGGCUACUCCUCUUGUGGGUGGGAUCAUCGCCCUGUACUUGAGCAAUCCGGCCAACAGCGACGCCCGGCAAGCCGAUGUGAAGCGAGCUGUACUUGAUGGGGCGAUUGCAAAUGGAAUCACAACACGGCGAGCGGACACAACGCGGAAGCUUCUGAAUGUAAACAUCAAAGAUCCAAUAGUGAUGCUGGCGCCACGGACGAUAAAUGCAAAUGAAGGAACAACUCAGAGAGUGACUGUGCAGUUGCUUUCCAUGCCAAAUUCCACAGUGAUUUACAGCCCCCAGCUUCUCGACACAACUGUAGGUUAUUUUGCGCCAAGAACCCUAUCGUUCAACAUUUUUAACUGGAAUUUUCCGCAAAGAUUGAUGCUGGUGCUACCCCGACGAGGAGGAUAUUUUGACAAAGCCAGCAUAAUUCAUCAUUAUUUUAUGUCCAAUGACCCUGCCUUUGAGAGAAUUGUCCCACCGUUCCUGACUGCAGGCACCCUCCGCAUCCGGACGCUAUAUGUCCAUUUUGCAGCCAUGGGCGCUAUACUGAAUGCAUGCUCUUUUGUGGUGACCGUUCUUCUUUCAUUUUGGCCUGCAAUCGACAUGCCAUUUGUCAGGGGUGUAUGGCGGGCAUGCUCAAUGCCACCCAUCGUGGCAAUUGUUGCACUGAGAAUGCUCAGCUAGGUCUUCCAUGUGUUCAUCCACAUUAUCCUUACAAUGUAUGUCCUCUCUGUCAUCAAGGACAGACUCAUUCUUGAACCUUUUCUUAUCCUCUUUUGCCUUCAUCUUCACUCCACACUCCAUACUUUCCCUUACUUCCCCUUUAUCGUUCUUUGUUUGUGUGCUCUCCAUCUCUCCUCCCUCUUCACUCUGCCUCUUUCUCACAGCGUACAAGUGGGUUGUUAUGGCACACGGGGACGGGGGCAGCUCGCGCUCAACUUCAUCAACGUGGCGAGCCUUGUACGUGAGAGGCACGGUGAAAGGGGAGUCAAAAGAAAGAGUAAAAUGAAUGGUUUCAC